UAGUUUACAAACAUGAAUUUGUGCUUUAUGCUCGUUUCUAUCCCAGUUCUGCUACUGCUGUAUUAUUGUGCCAAAGCUACUUAUUUAUUAAGCAACGACAGCAUACGAAGUGACAAUGUGAUAAAAAAGAAACAGGGAAAGUUACAUGUUCCAAAAUUUAUGUUAGAACUAUACGAAAGGAAUAAGAGUUACAAGAGGAACAAUUUCAGUGCUCCAGAUGUAGUGAGAAGCUUGAUCCCAACUCAUGCAGGCUUACUGGAGAAUAAUGAAGUGAUUGAAGAAUAUUCAGAUAAACAUCUAUUAACAUUUGAUUUGCCCAAUAAGGAAGAUGAUGAAGUCUUCGUUGAAGCUGAAUUAAAAAUAAUGACAGUCAUAGAUUCCAAUACUUACAUAAAACGUAACAUACAAUUAUCGAUAUUUGAUUCUUUCACCAACAAGUUUUUGCCUGCAUUUGAUAAAGAAAUUAAUCAUGUGAAUAACACUUGGUUGUCGUUUGAUGUAACUGUUCCCGUUUAUAAGAUAUUGAAUUCUAAUAAAAACAAAGACCUGAAGGUGAUGGUUACUGUUAAAACCUUCUAUCCACAUUUAAAACGAGGAUUUAAAUUAUCUUUAUUGCCCUCAAAUCCAGAUUUUGACCAUCAAUAUCCUGUAUUGAUGCUCUCAUACGCAUCUAAAAAGAAAAAUGUUACCAAAAGGAAAAAAAGGAGUAUUGAGGAAGAUUACGAAGAAGAAACAAAUAUAAUAUGGGAUGACGCAGGGUCGAAAAAACGUCGGACCAGACGCAGAAACACUUGCAGAAGAAAGCCUUUGUACAUUGACUUUUCUGAAAUUGAAUACGAUUUGUGGAUACUUCAACCGAGCGGAUAUGAAGCUUAUCAAUGUCAAGGAAGGUGUUUUUAUCCAGUGGCGGAACAUUUGAAUCCAACGAAACAUGCAAUAGUUCAAGCACUUUUGCACAGCGUUUCACCUUCGAGAGCAUCACGAUCUUGUUGCGUCCCAACCGCUUUAGAUUCUAUUUCUAUUCUAUAUGUGGAUGAUAAUGGUGUUUUAACAUACAGAUUUGCUUAUCAGGAUAUGGUUGUUAAGGAAUGUGGAUGCAGAUAAUUUUGUACUACUUUUUUAAAUAUAUACUAGUAUAAAUUCAGUUAAAUUAGAAACUAAAAUCAGUCAAUUGUAAUGAAAAUAUAAUAUCCUUAAAUUAUAUGUCAUGUGAGACAUUGCAUUGUGCCCCAUUUGUGUAUUGUUGAGUAUAUAUAAUAUAAUCUUUAUUUGGUGUUGGUUGAUGAUAUUGUCUUGGAUUCUCGUCAACUUUGAACAGCAAUCGAGACGUAAUGCACAUCACAAAAACUCAGUGAUAACGAUAGUUCAAAACAGUAUUAUUAUGCAUAAAAAUAUUGGCAUUAGAUUGAAUCACUAUUUGUUAUUAAUGUUUUAUCGCCGCAAAUCAAUAUCUCAAACAUCUUUCAUGUUUAUUUAUUACGGUAUUCCCCACUAGAAAAUCUCUUUAUUUUUAUUCACAUGAAAAGCUGCAUUCAAAUACAAAAAAUAAAAAUUCAAGAUUAAACUUGAGGAACUUUUUAUCUUGAAAAUGAGAAUGAAGCAACAGUUUAUCUUAACGAACAAUUUACUUAAAUUUAUAAAUGAAAUGUUUUAAAUAUAGUUACUUACAGUGUGACCCAUUUGAAAGCGGGA